GCUGCGGGGAAAGACCGCCGUUGCUAAAGAGUGGCUUCACCGGCCAGAUCUGGCUAUUUUCCGAGCUUUUUACGAUCUGUAUUUGUUUGGAUACUAUUCACUUCAUCACCUCCGCGGCUUAUCCCUUCCAUUUGAUUAUUCCCUAUCUCUUGAAACCCCGCCCGAGCCCUAUCUGACAAACACUGAGCUGAUUCCCCCUCAAUCCAUCCCUUAUCCGACGUCGCAUCAAAUUCAAAAUGGCGGAGAAUAAGGUCCCUCAGCCGGGACCGGCCAAAUUAAAACGCAAUGCUGGGCCUGAUGAAUGGCUGGAGGCAGCCAAAGAUUGCAAGUACUUGUCAGAGUCGCACAUGAAGCAGCUCUGCGAGAUUGUCAAGGAGUACAUGAUGGAAGAAUCCAAUAUUCAACCCGUUUCUACACCCGUCACCGUCUGCGGAGAUAUUCACGGUCAAUUCUACGAUCUUCUGGAACUCUUUCGCGUUUCUGGCGGGAUGCCUGACGAGCCCGGGGCAGAGGCACCAAAAACCUCAACCGCUGUGAUUACUUCCGAAGAUAUUGAGCCCCCUUCAUCGAUCUCGGAUCCAAAAUUGAGGAAACAACUGAAGGGUGCUGGUUCAGAAGAGGGCGAUGAGGGCAGUGGAAGAGGUCGAUCCUCGAGCGGAGGAUCGAAUGACAUUCAAAUCAAUCGCAACUUCGUAUUCCUGGGUGAUUACGUCGAUCGAGGAUAUUUCAGUUUGGAGACUUUGACACUGCUACUGUGUUUGAAGGCAAAAUUCCCUGAUAGGAUUACAUUGGUCCGUGGUAAUCACGAAUCCCGACAGAUCACGCAGGUGUACGGAUUCUACGAGGAGUGUUAUCAGAAAUACGGAAAUGCAUCCGUAUGGAAGGCUUGCUGCCAGGUUUUCGAUUUCAUGACACUAGGGGCCAUCAUUGAUGGAAGAGUGCUGUGCGUGCAUGGAGGACUGAGCCCGGAAAUCAGAACACUGGACCAGGUUCGCGUGGUUGCGCGAGCCCAAGAGAUUCCGCACGAGGGUGCUUUCUGUGACCUCGUGUGGUCGGACCCUGAUGAUGUAGAGACCUGGGCUGUCAGUCCCAGAGGAGCUGGCUGGCUGUUCGGAGACAAAGUGGCAGAUGAAUUCUGCCAUGUCAACGAUCUGACGCUGAUUGCUCGAGCGCAUCAGUUGGUAAACGAGGGCUACAAGUACCACUUUGAUAACCAGAAUGUGGUUACCGUAUGGAGCGCACCCAACUACUGCUAUCGAUGUGGAAACCUGGCGUCUGUGUGCGAGAUUGGUGACGACCUCAAACCAACAUUCAAGCUAUUCAGCGCCGUGGGUGAUGAUCAACGACACGUUCCGACAUCGCGGCCGGGCCGCAGCGAGUACUUCCUGUAAAAUAUUGUUUUCUGCUUACUGCUUUUCCCGUUGCCAUUUGAGAGUCAUGAGGUUACCGGCUGCACCGGCGCUGGCGUUCGGGGGAAUUUUGGUUGAGUGCCCCAUGUCUUGGGAGUGUGGGCAGUUGAUGAGGAUUUUAUAUAACGACUCUAGACCACACUUAAUGAUGUCUCUGUUUGAUGCCAAAGUACUUCCAUCUAUCAAUUAUCACUUAUCCAUCUAUGCUUUGAUAUGUCAUGGUAUGUAUGCAGAAGUAGAUACAUUCUUCAAUGACAUCAAUCAUCCGAGGAGCGUCAAUCUAGAUAUUUGAGAGCUCUGCCACU